CGCCGAACGACAAUAUGGAGUCUAAAUGGUACACAGAGUUGUAAACUAAACUUGAAUAGUUGGUGCUAUGGAUCUUAUAGAUUUAAUUGGAGACUCCAGAACAGACAGCCUGCCAGCUGGGUUCUUACGCUCGAUUAAAAUAAAGUACAAACAAGAAUCGUCGCGAGUGUUCCCGCCAGGAACUCCGUAUCAUUCUACGGACCUCACUGAUAAAGCUCCUCAUCUGAAGCAUGGAAGUCAAAGAAGUGGCUCAGCAGCGAGUAAUAUUUCUGCACCGAGUUUUAUGGCAUGGCGUGUGCCAUCACGACUGAUUCAACAGCGUAAACUCGAGCAGCCCCCUCCAUCAGCAGGUGGAUUUGAUGGGCAGAGACAGAAGUUAGGGUCCCGAAUGUCUGUACUAAGUGAACAGUCCCAUGGCAGUAAACAACUUCAACCACUCUCCAGAGGAAAGGCUGAUUUGCCAAGGCUGCAGUCUGAAGCUAACUGCUUGAGAAGAAGUCCCUUGCAAAGGCAACUCACACCAGCAGCUCCUACUUCACUGCCAGCAAUGGGAAAAUCUUCUCAAGAGCCUGUGAGCCAAGACAAGAAUCUUCCACAAGAACUGGAAAAGGCAAAGAACAUGGCCAUUGAAAAGUCAAUCAAGAAGACAAUUCAUCCCCAGUCACUGGAGGCAGUGGAUAAAUGGUUGAAAACAGCCACUGACAAAGAACGUGAACUGGCCUUGAAAUUCUUCAGUACUUUGUCUGGAGUUAAGGCAGACAAGAUGGACUCACUGGGCCUUAAAAUAAAUCAUGACCACACAGAGGGCAACUAUGAUGGAGGAAGAAUUGAGGAAGCUCUUGAAGCACUGGCUAGAGAAGGCACCAUUGCAUCUCGUGGUAAGCUGCUAUACAAUCCAAAGCGAGCUCCAGACAUUACCAAACAGUCAUAUUACCAGAAAGCUCGGCAGCGGCUACCAGGUCAUGUUAGGCAGCAGUUUCAGACAUGGCAUCAUCUUCCUGUUUACAAAGUACCAAGUGAUGCUGCCAUAAACAAAAGUUCCAUGUUCACACAGCCACACAGGGCCUAUGGACGGCAUUUUACCAUCCAUCCAGAGUGGGGACUGCACAAACCUAUUGUGUUGUAAAAAAAAAAAAUGCUUCCAGAUUAGGGUAAACACUGAAUUACUUUGCUUUGCAAUGCCAUUCAAACUAUCAAGUUUAGGUUUACCUUUUAAGAUUUUUUUUUUUGAGCCAUAAGAUUAUCAAUCAUUUUGCAGACCUCCUUGGAAACAUGUAAAAUGUUUCAGUAGGUUUAGAAGGUUAUGAUCUGACUAUAGAUUGGAGGGAUUAAAUCCUUGUUUUGUUAUUAAGCUCUCAGAUUUCUGGUGUGGUAAUAAUUGGCAGCAGCAUGAAAAGAAAAUGCAAGUUUACCUACAUGACCUUCAGAUUUGGGUUUUGUUAUUGAAAUGCACAGUAAAAACAGCUGAAAGAUUUUCAUUUGGAAAACAAAAUUAAUUCACAAAGUUAGUUUGCAAUUAACUUUCCAUCUCUAUUAGGUGUGUGACCCCUUGUUGUGUGAGCAUGAUAGUGCAAAUGGGUGUUAGUUGGUUAAUAGAACUAACUGUACAUUCAAUUUUAUUCUUCAUUAUGAAUAGGCCUAAUAUCUAUUCUCUUUGAAAGAAAUGAAAAGCAAAUUCAAAUGGCAACCUUUUUUAAACAAAUUUAAUGAUGGAUCCAGGCUUUCUAAUCAUAUUUGAAUAACUAUGUGGAAGUUGUGUGUCAUGUGUUAUCUGUUUGCCUUUUAUUGGAAAGUUAAGGACCCAAACAGGUUGUCUCUCCUGCCUGAAAAAGCUGUGUACCCUUGGUCCAUUAAAAUGCUUAUCUGGCAAAUCAUGACAAAGAACACUGCAACAGAGUGGGAGGGGAGCAAUUAGUGUUAUAGAUGUAAAUUGUAAAAGAGGUAGCAUGAGACAAAUAGAGAGGCUGUAAACAUUGUGUAUAUUAAGUUGUUGUGAUGUGGUUAAGCCACCUGAUUUUCAACUAGUCAUCAGUAUCCAGUCCAAAUUCCUGAUACUUAGCUCUUGUUGUUGUCCCAUCUAUUUCAGCUGUGAAUAAAUGAGAACAAAAAAAACCACUGGUAAUGACCUCUUCAAUGUCUAUAUGGUUAUCUGAA